CUCUGUCGGGACUUCCUCUGUGUCUCUGAAGACCCCUGUCUCUCCUUGCCUGCUCCGUGCCCUCCUCCUGCCGGGUUCGUGUCCCGCCCCACGCCCCCAGGUCUGGGACGUUUUCGUGGCGGGUGGGGCGGGCACGUCCCCGGCGGGUCCCUAUCGGUCCCUGUCGGUCUGUCCGCCCCGCGCCGCCCCCGCCGGGCACUGGGCAUGCCCCGGGCGUUUCUAUAUAAAGCGACGCCGCUUGGGCCCGGCGCUGUGCCACUGCCACCGCCGUCGCCGCUGCAUCCCGCCCGGUCCGAGUCCGCCCACCACGCCCGCCCAGCCGCUACAGCCGCCAGUCUUUCAGCCACUCUACCCACGAGAUGCUCUCCCUGGAUCCAUCUGGUCCCGAGUGGGAUUGCCCACUGGGCUCUAAGGACCUGGAGGAUGAGGGCUCCUGGGGAGGGGGCUCUGGCCUGCCGCCCACAGGCUGCUUCCCUGGCUCCUGGCGCCAGGACGUGGGCCUGGACUGCAAGGGAUCCCCCGAGGGGACCGAGGCCCGGGCCUGGACUGUCUACUACUACAGCCUCCUGCAGAGCUGUCUGCAGCAAGCUGGCCUUCCGGAGACUCAGGACCGCAGCCAGGCGCCCCGCACAGGCUGUCCUGGGGCGGAGGUGACCUUGUGCGUUCUGGGCUCCCCCAGCACCUUUCUGCCUGUGCUGCUGGAGGGUGGGGUCCAGAGCCCGGGAAACAUGCUCCUUUGCCUGUCCCCUGCUUGGUUGAUGAAGGUGCCAGCACCUGGACAGCCGGGUGAGGCAGCCCUGCUGGUCUCCAAGGCUGUGAGCUUCCACCCUGGGGGCCUGACAUUCCUGGAUGACUUUGUCCCCCCACGCCGUGCCACCUACUUUCUGGCAGGCCUGGGUCUGGGGCCCAGCCGGGGCCGAGAGGCAGCAGAACUCGCCCGUGACCUGACCUGCCCCACAGGAGCUUCGGCUGAGCUGGCCCGGCUGCUGGAGGACCGGCUGCUGACAAGGCAGUUGCUGGCCCAGCAGGGUGGUGUGGCUGUGCCAGCGACCCUGGCAUUCACCUACAAGCCGCCAGGGCUGCUGCGCGGAGGGGAUUCCAGCCCAGGGCUACGGCUGGUGGAGCUGAGUGGCAAAGAGGGCCAAGAGACGCUGGUGAAAGAGGAAGUGGAGGCUUUUCUGCGCUCCGAGGCCCUGGGUGAUGUCCUGCAGGUGGCUGUGAAGCUCAGUGGCUGGCGCUGGCGGGGGCGGCAGGCAUUGCGUCUGCACCCACGGGCAGAGCUGGGUGCAGUGGUGAACACAGUGCUGGCACUGCUGGAGAAGCUGGAGGAGGAGGAGAGUGUCCUGGUGGAGGCUGUGUACCCACCUGUCCAGCUGCCCUGCUCAGAUGGUCCUUCACCUGGCCCUGGCCUGGCCGUGCGAAUCUGUGCUGUGGUGUGUCGGACACAGGGUGACAGGCCACUGCUGAGCAAGGUGGUGUGCGGCGUGGGCCGCGGAGACCGACCUCUACGGCACCACAACUCCCUGCCGAGGACGCUGGAGGUGGCGCUGGCCCAGUGCGGCCUGGGCGAGGAGGCGCAGGUGGCGGCCGUGCGGCAGCGCGUUAAGGCGGCGGCCGAGGCCGCGCUGACUGCCAUGCUGGCUCUGGAGGCCGGCCUGAGUGCCGAGCAGCGCGGCGGGCGCCGGGCGCACACGGACUUCCUGGGCGUGGAUUUCGCCCUGACAGCGGCCGGCGGCAUGCUGACCCCCGUGGCCCUGGAGCUGAACGGCGGCCUGUGCCUGGAGGCGUGCGGCGCGCUCGAGGGACUGUGGGCCGCGCCGCGGCUGGGGCCGGCAGCCGACGAGGCGGCGGCCGCGCCGCUGGUGGAGACCAUGCUCCGGCGGUCGGCGCGCUGCCUCAUGGAGGGCAAGCAGCUGCUGGUGGUCGGCGCGGGCGGCGUCAGCAAGAAGUUCGUGUGGGAAGCGGCGCGCGACUACGGGCUCCAGCUGCACCUCGUGGAGUCAGACCCCAACCACUUUGCAUCCCAGUUGGUACAGACCUUCAUCCACUUUGACAUGACCGAGCAUCGGAGGGAUGAGGAGAAUGCACGGCUGCUGGCAGAGUUGGUGCGGGCUCGCGGCCUAAAGCUAGAUGGCUGCUUCUCCUACUGGGACGACUGCCUGGUGCUCACAGCCCUGCUCUGCCAGGAGCUGGGUCUGCCCUGCAGCCCCCCAGCUGCCAUGCGCCUGGCCAAGAAGAAGAGCCUCACCCAGCUGCACCUGUUGCGCCACCAUGGCCCACCCUGGCCUGCGCCCUCCCUCCAUGCUGUGCCCUGCUGCCCACUGGAGAGCGAGGCUGAUGUGGAGAGGGCCGUGCACCAGGUACCCCUGCCAGGUGUCAUGAAGCUGGAGUUCGGGGCAGGUGCAGUGGGCGUGCGGCUGGUAGAGGAUGCGCCACAGUGCCAUGAGCACUUUUCCCGGAUUACCCGAGACUUGCAGGGCGAGGCUGACCACCCGGGCAUUGGGCUGGGCUGGGGCAAUGCCAUGCUGCUGAUGGAGUUUGUGGAGGGCACCGAGCACGAUGUGGACCUGGUGUUGUUUGGCGGGCGGCUGCUGGCUGCCUUUGUCUCUGACAAUGGCCCCACGAGGCUGCCUGGCUUCACUGAGACGGCGGCCUGCAUGCCCACCGGGCUGGCACCAGAGCAGGAGGCACAGAUGGUGCAGGCAGCCUUCCGCUGUUGCCUGGGCUGCGGGCUGCUCGAUGGGGUCUUCAACGUGGAGCUCAAGCUGACCGGGGCUGGGCCUCGGCUUAUCGAGAUCAACCCCCGCAUGGGUGGCUUCUACCUGCGUGAUUGGAUCCUGGAGCUCUAUGGCGUGGACCUGCUGCUGGCUGCUGUUAUGGUGGCCUGCGGCCUGCGGCCUGCCCUGCCCACCCGCCCACGUGCUCGUGGCCACCUGGUGGGCGUCAUGUGCCUUGUGUCCCAGCACCUGCAGGCCCUGAGUUCCACUGCCAGCCGUGAGACCCUGCAGGCCCUGCACGACCGUGGCCUGCUACGCCUCAAUCUGCUGGAGGAGGCCCUGGUGCCUGGGGAGUACGAGGAACCCUACUGCAGUGUGGCCUGUGCCGGGUCCAGUCCCACCGAGGCCCGCCUCCGCCUGCUGGGCCUCUGCCAGGGCCUGGGCAUUGAUGGGCCCAGCUACCCUGUUGCUCACUUUCUGUCUCACUUCAAAUAGCACUGGGGCCAGGGGGCAGGGAAGCAGUGCUGGGAGUAGGGACUGUGGUACCCUCUACUCCCUGGAGCUCUUCCUGCCUCUCUCCACCUCACCAUGCCCCAGCCCCAGCCUGGCCUGCUGCAAUGCCUAGGUCUGUUUCAGAGCAGCAGGGCAAUUUUGACACCAAGGCAUCCUGGACUCAAGGGCCUCUUGCCCUCCCAAAGGCCCCAGUCCAGCCCACAGCUUCCCCAGCAUUCUAGACUUGGAGAAGUGACAAUGACCGCACACACACACACACCGCUCUGCCACCAGCUCCCCAGGUGGGAGUGGGCCCAAACCCAGCCCCUCCUGUCCACCCCUCCAGGUCUCACUCUCUUCCUGCCACCUACAAGAGGAGAGUACGUGGCUGGGCCCCAAGCCUUGGACAAAUCCUAGAAAAACCUGAGACUAGAACCCUUGUCUUUCUCUUACCCAAAUUCUAGGAUAGCUCUAGAGCCUGCUAAAAACUUGGCGGCAUCCAACCUGCCUCAUUCGGCCUGAACGGUAGAGGCAGGUGGACUGUGGACAGAAGCAAUCCUCUUUCUGCUCACCCCGGGCAGACACUGCUGCCUGCGUUCCCCCGAUGAAAGGAAACAGGCUGAGAGAGGAAAAAUGACUGCUCUAGCGUUAUACCACAGUGGAGGGUGGGUCACAGGACAUGAUGCAGAGUCCAGGUUUCUGUUUUGAUCAAGUCUUACAUGCCCAUUCAGCUUCUAGGCCCCCCCUCACCUCCCUGCCCUCAUUCACGAGUGGCCCUGAGACAUGUGAACGCCUCCCUCCUAUGCAUCACAAACCUUCUCCACCGAGCUUUGGUGCUUUGGCCUCCGGGACACCUAACUAGCAUUGGCAAAGGAGUCUACAUUCUCUUCCUCGUUCAGGGAAGAUGCUUUAAGAACUCCUGCCUCUGUGCAGCACAGGAACUGGAGACAGCUCCCCAAGCAUCACUCCCCAAAUAAAGGCUUAUGUACUAGUGAA